CUUUCAUCCAGACUGAAAUCUCUCCAAAACUUUGAAUGGAUUGGCCCAAAAUUAUAUUUUAAAAAUGCCGGUCGCUUUGCUGAUCCCCCGACUUUCCCUCCAGCAUCACAGUGAGGUUGACAUUUUAUUGAAAUGACUAAACAAACAUUAGAUUGCCAUGAAGUUUGGUUUUAUGUAUGGCCAUCAACAAGUAAAAAUGUGAAUUUUCUCUGAUUCUUUAAUAAUGUUCUACUUUGUACUGUGUUCACAGCAAAAUAGCGAAUGUAGGCAUGCUAAUCUAAGACAGUGAACUUGGUAAUUAUGAUCUGUUAUCUACGAUCAGUAAGCAGAAGUCAUAUUAAUCUAUUAUAAGCUACUAGCCAAAGUUUUGGAUAGUUUAGAUAUCAGUGCCACAUAGAGUUUCAUAAGUUUUAUUGUUGGUUUUGGUCUUCAUUCUCUUCUGAGGUGUGACUGUCGAUGCCAUUGAAUACUUCUUUACUUUUCUGUCAGUGUGCAUGACACGGCAGAUGUGGUGUCUGUCCUCCACACCUGUCAUUCAGCCAUCAGUGGGGAGGCAGAGGGAACCCCUGCCCUUACCUGCAGCACCAGACAAGAUUAAAGGGAUGAGCAGACAGAGAAACUGAUAGUCAUGUUCAACAAAUCCUCCCACACAGUCUGCAGCAACAACAAAAAGCCUUCUCAGUGGUGGUGAGGAGAGGGAGGCAAACUCACAUUUGUUUGGCUGAACAGGCAAGCUUCUGAUCACAUUGCUCCAAUAUUUUUGCCACUCUUAAACACUAGUUUUAAUUAUUCACAUACUUAAUUAGGGUGGAUUCCUCCAUUCAUGCUUGGUAGAUGUAACUGAGUGACUAAAUAACCAAUUAUCUAAAGCAAACAUUUGUAGCUCUUUUGGGCAAAGUUAAAUUAAGGCGAGAUGAAGGCUUAAAGGAGCGAAGGGUAGUGCUUUUUAAAAUGAAGAGAUGUCUGCACCAGUCGGGGUGUGCUCAAAAGAGGAGGGGGUGGGGAGGGGAUGGUGAUGUCAGUGUGACAGAUGAAACAUCAGACAGCCUUUCAGUUUGCACACACACACACACACACACACACACACACACACAAAAAUUCAAGAGGCUUCCUCUUACUGGUCAUUGUGCAGCAGAUCCAUGGAAUAAGCACACGCAAACCAGCAGUGCUCAGGUACGACAUGGUUUUGUUCUUUAAACUUUGAUUUAUUUGAUGGAAAUGCAUGUAAGAGAUUGCUUAUGAGAAGAAAUAUCUCUUUAGUGUUUUCUUAUUGUCACCAGUUUAACCAAGGCUUGGUAUGUUUUCUGUCAAAGUUUUUCAUAAGUGGGACAAAAUAAUGCAAAACAAAAUAAUAUAGUAUUUAAACUGUGUCAAAUGUGCUUUUAAUAUUUGUCUUUUUUUGUUUUGUUACAGAAUAUAUUCUCCUCACAUGUCUAAUUUUCCUACUAAAAUAUCAAAGCAGCCCUCGACAACCUCCUCCAAGAAUACAUUAUUCAGUCCUAUACAUUUUCAGAGCCAGUUGUAUCACUGCUGUCUAUGUAAACCAAAAAUUUGACAUUGUAGGUGGAUGUAUUUUGUGUGGUGAUGCACAUACAGUGAGUGUGUGACUUGGCAGCGCUGGCAGAGGUGGUGCAUGUUGUUGCAGUGGUGUAUCUGUGCUGCUGCUGUGCUCAUGGCUCAGAGGAGGGCUGCAGGAGGCUGCUGCUGCCCCAGAGCACCCAUGAAUGAAGACAACGCUCGUUUCUGCCUGCUGGCCGGCCUCAUCUUACUCUACUUACUGUGCGGUGCCGCCAUCUUCUCGGCUUUGGAGCAUCCCUUCGAGCUCCGCGCCCGCCUUCUCUGGAAACAGCAGCUGGACAACUUCACCAGGCGAUACAGGGUCAACCUGGGGGCUCUGCACACUCUGCUGCGCCAGUAUGAGGAGGCUAAUGGAGCUGGGAUCAGAGUGGACACGCUGAGGCCACGCUGGGACUUCUCUGGAGCUUUCUACUUUGUGGGCACAGUUGUCUCCACUAUUGGCUUUGGCAUGACCACGCCAGCAACCAUAGCAGGAAAAAUAUUCUUAAUCUUCUAUGGUCUUAUUGGCUGUGCUGCCACCAUCCUCUUCUUUAACCUCUUCCUGGAGAGGAUCAUCACCAUGCUAGCUUACAUCAUGCGCUGGUGCCACGAGCGCCGUCUGAGGUGUGCCGGUGUUGGGGUGAUGUCAAGCAGGGAAGAGUCGUCUGGUGAGGAGGACAGUCUGGAAGGCUGGAAACCGUCAGUCUAUUACGUGAUGCUGAUCCUGGGCAUUGCAUCUAUUGUGAUUGCAUGCAGUGCCUCCACUCUGUACAGCUCCAUGGAGAACUGGAGCUAUGUGGACUCUCUCUACUUCUGCUUCGUGGCCUUCAGCACCAUUGGCUUCGGGGACCUGGUGAGCAGUCAGAGGCAGCAGUAUGAGUCACAGGAGGCCUACCGGGUCGGAAACUGCCUUUUCAUCUUAAUGGGAGUAUGUUGUAUCUACUCACUUUUCAAUGUCAUCUCUAUUAUCAUCAAGCAAACUCUCAACUGGAUCCUGGGUAAGAUGGUCUGCUCAGAGAAGCAUCAGCUGUGUUCCUGCUCUACACCCGGCUGGUGCCUGUGUUGCCCCUGCCUCCAGAGCAAAAAUCAAAAGCAGAGACGUCCACCUGCACAAUUCAGGCCAAAACGCAUAAAACGUAACGCGGUGCAGCCCGUCUCAUCCCACCGACCUGCAGGAAAGCAUCGCUACACAGGCGCCUCUGUGGAGUCUGUGUGUGGCAGUGAGACGGAUGCAGUGGCUGAAGUAUACGUGGGGCGACGUAUGUCAGGAGAGAUGAUCUCUGUCAACGAGUUCAUGGUUUCAAAUAAGGUGUCUCUGGCACUGCUGCAGAAGCAGCUGAGUGAAACAGCCCACCAGGGCCCUCGGCAGAGCUACGGCCAUCAGAAUGGAUUCUCUGGUGGCGUCGGGGCUUUGGCCAUCAUGAACAAUCGCCUGCAGGAGACCAGUGUGGACAGAUAGCAUGAAGAUAGCAGUUUACUUCUUGUGUUUGGAUUCUCUAGAUUCCAUAGGAAUAGGUUGUGAAUAUUCCUUAGGAAGUCUUUUUUUUUUUUUUUUUUUUU